CAUGCCUUCCUACGGCGCUCAGUUCCGCGACUUCUACAAGCAAUCUGACUCGGAGGUGUUCCGUGCUCUCGCUCGCAUUAUGGAGAUUGUUCCUUCGGCUCAGGAAGGUCUCCAACAGGCCAGCGAAAACAGACAAGCGCACAUCCAAGCCCGAAGGUUCCUAGAGCUCGUGGUGGCGGAGGAGUUCACGCGGGCGGACGGGUCGACGCGGCUGUACUUCGGGCGGGAGAGCGUGUUCCCCGGCCUCUCCGCCUGGCCCAUCCCGCACGACGCCCCCUACAAGGCCCGCCUCGACCGCUGCAUCAUGGCCGUCAAGGAGGCCGGCCUGUACGAGAAGUGGAGUCGGGACCUGAUGGAGAAAGCCAGGAAGGAAGGUCGGGAGAGACAGCAGAGGAUCCUGCAGGAGAGGCGCAAGCAGAAUGGACAAGCCGACGGCAAGCAGGACGCCGAGAAGGCACCGGAGCCGAGCGGAAACUCCCCCAAGGCGCUGACGAUCGUCCACCUUCAGGGGCCGCUGAUGCUGGCGGCCUUGGGUCUCGGCGCCGCCAGCGUCACCUUCCUGGGCGAGAUGGCGGCCGCCAGAUGGCUCGGGUCACGUGACUCCUGAGCGAAGGACGGCGACAUCGACGUGAAUGAAACAUGAUUUUAGCAUUAAAGGUGGACUUGUAUUCAGAAAGAUGAUAGGUUU